UCAGUCUUGAAAGUUCCGUCGACGUACUUGGUGUUUUGCGCAUCCCAUUUCUCUUAGGCAUUUUCGCUUAUUCUAGUGAAAGCAGAGAUUUUCUCGUGUUCCUCGUGGUGUAAAGUGAAACAAAACACUCGGUAUUAAAUAAUGGCUCCACCAGCGUACUCCGAUCUCGGCAAGCAGGCCCGCGAUGUCUUCAACAAAGGCUACCACUUUGGACUGUGGAAGCUGGACGUCAAGACGAAGACCAACUCCGGCGUGGAGUUCAGCACGAGCGGUCACUCGAACCAGGACACUGGAAAGGUGUUCGGCUCGCUCGAAACAAAGUACAAGGUGAAGGAGUAUGGCCUGAACUUCUCGGAGAAAUGGAACACGGACAACACGCUGACGUCGGAGGUUUCCGUCGAAAACCAGCUGGUCAAGGGGCUGAAGGUGUCGUUCGACGGCAUGUUCGUGCCGCACACCGGGUACGUUGCACCGUUCGGCUAUGCCAUAUCUUACAAGUACCGGCGGAAGGUGCCGGAGGACACUGCUGCUAAUACUACUUUCGUUUUGUCAUACAGAAGCAAAACGGGACGCUUCAAGACUGCCUACUCGCACGACCGCGUGCGCGUCGAUGCCGAUUUCAACGUCGACCUGAGCGGACCGCUGGUCAACGCUUCCGGUGUUGCCGGCUACCAGGGCUGGCUGGCCGGUUACCAGGUAGCAUUUGACUCGCAGAAGUCGAAAAUCACCGCCAACAACUUUGCCCUCGGCUACUCGGCUGGGGACUUCGUUCUGCACACGAACGUCAACGACGGACGUGAGUUCGGAGGACUCAUCUAUCAGCGAUGCAACGAUCGCCUUGAGACCGCCGUCCAGCUGUCGUGGGCUUCUGGAUCGAAUGCGACCAAAUUCGGCAUGGCCGCCAAGUACGACUUGGACAAGGAUGCUUCCGUCCGGGCCAAGGUCAACAAUCAGAGCCAGAUUGGUCUCGGCUACCAGCAGAAGCUCCGCGAUGGCAUUACUCUAACCUUGUCCACGCUCGUUGAUGGCAAGAAUUUCAACGCUGGCGGCCACAAGAUUGGCGUCGCUCUGGAGCUGGAAGCUUAAGGCGUGCUAAGAUUUGUGUUCGCUCUUUGUCCCCUUUUGGGCUCUCGUCCACUCCGUUGCUGUCCCCUGAAGCCGCUACGUAAAGAGCUGUUUUUUGGCCGGGAGCAAAGCGUAUGAGGGUCUGAAAUGCGGGGGAGAUUGCAAUUGUAUUGGGUGUAGUUGCAGAGAGUUUUAAGAAAUAUUAAACGAUGGAGGGAAUCCGUACAUACCUACUAAUGCUAAUGUUUAAAUAAAUUGUGAAUCGAGAUAAAAACAAAAGAAAUUUUACCAGUCACAGCCCCACACUCCUCGCAGCAAGGCACACGGAACCAUUAUGUUUUAAGCUAAUCACCUGUAUUGAGCAGAUAUAUAGCAAGGGAAGGACACGUUUUCCGUUGUACUAUUCUCAGAAAGUUCUCCCGCUGUUAUUUAAACGCACAAUUAAACUUGGUUUCCAACGCUUGCGUAAACUUAUAGUACCAUAGGCGAGCCACCAACCUGACGCUAAAGAUAACCAACAAAACUCUAAAGAAUGGUUUAUUUUAAUGCCCCUCGAUUGAAAGAAUGACGGAAACCUAUCAACUAUCGUUUCUGCAAUUCACAGCUGCAUCAAUUGCAGUGUCUCUGGCUUCAAUUUGAUGAAUCGUUAACGUUACGCUCAAACACUACCACUAGCCCGAGAUGGUGAAGGACAUCAAGCUAAGACCAAUGUCGUAUCACUUCGAGAUUUAUAGGUACAAAUGACCUACUGCCGAAAAAAUCGUUGGAACAUUAAGGAUAAAUAAAUACAUAAUUGACCGGU